UCCUCAUCUCAGACCCAUCCGGCCAUCCCCACAUACAUACGACCAACGCAGGCGACGACCGAGUUUAGAGAUCGACCAUGGCUGCUCAAACGGAGCUAGAAAUCAACACCGAUGACAGUGUGUAUCAGCCAACUCAAAGAUAUGUGGAUCUGUUUCUCAACGAAUAUCCGCCAUAUACAAGACAUGAUCUCGUGACACGCGAAAAGCUGCUUCAACUAGGUUGUUUAAUUGAGGCUUUCGACAUAUCAUAUGCGAUGAUGGAGUACGAGGAAAGUGACGACAUGGAGUGGUGGGGAGAAGUGGAUACCUGCUUCGAACUAAACACGCCCUCAGACCCCGUGGGAGAGGGUGGUGUUUUUAAGAUAAUUGCUCCACGUCCGCAGAAAAACAUCAGAGGCGCGGUUUGUUACGUGAGCCAUCAGAAGCGUCUCCGCAAGAAUGCAAGACAGUUCUACAAUUUUAUGUCGAUUUGCGAUCAAGCUGUUGCUCAAAGCCAUACCACAGAGUGGCUCUUUGACACUGGGGCCAGUUUUUCUGUGACGGGUAACUUGGCCAACCUUCAGGGCAUACACGCUGCUUCUCCUGUUAACGUCAUUGUAGCCAAUGGACAGACAAUGUCGUCCCACCAUUGUGGUAGGGUGGUUGGGGACGUGAGUGUCUCCGGUGUAAGGUACAUUCCAGGAGCACCAGAUUUGAUCUCAGGUGGGCAUCUCGCCCGACUGGGAUGCUACAGCACGACGAGCGAGCAGGGUGUCACUAUAACCAAGGGCGGCAUGGUCGUUGGCCAUGGCCGUCUGCUGGAAAACAACACCUACGCCUUGGACUUCCUGGCUGAUACCUAUCUGGGCACAAUAUGUGUCGCCUGCCCGUGGCCCUACGGCCAUGGUGCUCAGCUGGCGGCGACCUCAUCCAACUGAGUUCAUCGUGCGACCAGCUGGUUGGUGAUGAAAAUCUAUGGUUAAUACCAUAUCUGCUUGGCGAUAGAAAAUCUAUGGUUGGUACUUGGUACUAUAAGUAUAAUUUAAGGAUGCUGCCGUUUGAUGGACAACUGUAAUAUUCAGGACACACACAUGGAUGUGCUUGAUGCUUCUGAUACUCGCAGGUUUUGGUCAAUUUGAUCAAUCACGCCAGUGAAUGAGUUGGGAUAUCAAUCCAGGAGAUCACUGGAUCCGAUAUUAUCUUGUCUUAA